GUCUUCUUCAAUAAAUUUAAUUUUCGGCAGGACCCCAGGCGCGUGUGCCAGGCCUAGGGGGAGGGACUGCUCUGGAGAGGGGGUGGCAGCAGCAGGGAAGUGGCUCCCAGCAGCUUUGAAUGGUGAUGAACCGGCGAGUCCGGGCGUGCUCCGGCUGCUGGGGAGCGCGGCGCGGGCGGGACCUGGGCUGGAUUUUUGGCAUGGGGGGGAUUUCUGUGCCCACCGUGCCUGGGACACGAGUGUUGGCAUGGUGCUGUCACGGUGAGGACACAGUGGGAGGGCGGCAGCAGGGACAGGAGCGAGGGCUGUCGCAGAGCCAUCCCCACAUCCCGCAGGGCCCGUCCAUGGAUCCCAGCAAGAAGGUGGAUCUGAAGAUCAUCAUCAUCGGAGCUCUGGGCGUGGGCAAGACCUCCCUGCUGCACCAGUACGUGCACAAGACGUUCUACGAGGAUUACCGCACCACGCUGGGCGCCAGCAUCCUCACCAAGGUCCUGGCCGUGGACAGCACCCCCCUGAAGCUGCAGAUCUGGGACACGGGGGGACAGGAGCGGUUCCGGUCCAUGGUCUCGACCUUCUACAAGGGCUCGGACGGCUGCAUGCUCGCCUUCGACGUGACAGACAGGGAGUCCUUCGAGGCCCUGGACAACUGGAGAGAUGAUUUCCUGGACAAGGUCAUUCCCAGGGAGCAGGAUUUCCCCAUGGUCGUGCUGGGGAACAAGAUAGACCUCAGUGACCGGCAGGUGCCCAAGGAAACGGCCUCAGCCUGGUGCAAGGAGAAGGACAUCCCGUAUUUCGAGGUCAGUGCCAAGAACGACAUCAACGUGGCUGAGGCUUUCGAGACCCUGGCGAAGCAGGCGCUGAGCACGUACAAAGGGAUUUUUGAGAGUUAUUUAACCGACUCCAUCAAGCUCACUCCCAACGACAAGCCCAAGCAGCCCAAGCAGAGCUGCUGCUGAGCCCGGAGCCGCUGGAUGCCGAUCCCACGGCCGGAGCCCUGCCCGGGGUCCGUGCCCGCUGCCCACCCCCGCCUGGCACGGGGCUGGCACGGGACUGGCACCGCUGGGCACACCAGGGGCUGCACAUGCCGGGAUCUGCUGCUUGCCACGGCUCUGCAGCUGCUCCCCCAGCCGCCCAGUGCCACCGAGCCCUGUCCCCUCGAUCUGCUGCCCUGGCACCGAGCGGCGAUGUCCCUGCGGUGACAGUGCCAGGCAGGCGGGCAGUGCCCCCGCUGGCACCGCGGGUGACCCUUCCCAGGGCACAGCCUGGUGGCCCCGCGGCUCUCAGGGUGGGGGUGGACUGGCCUGGGGGACGAUUGGGGCUGGUGGCCUUGGCACAGGGCUCUCCUGGCACCAACCACUGUGGAGGCAACAAUUCCGUGCCUCAGUUUCCCCUCUCUCACACAUAUCCCCCAUCAAACACCUUCCCCCUCCCGCCUUCUGGGGAGGAUUCUCAAAAAAGCACUUUGUCAGGGGUACUCCUUUUUUUGUUUUGUUUUGUUUUUAAAGGAAAUUAAAUAUUUCAUUUUUAUUUAUA